UUCAUUGUUACACUUCUCUAAGUUUGACCUUUCUUUUCAGAAUCACCAGAUAACAAUGUUGUUAUUCUAUAUCUGACUGCUUUCAUAAUGAUUUUAUUAAAUGAUUUUAAUUGAUUAUAUCAUAAAAUCUUACGCCUUAGUUUGGUCUAAAAUUACUUGUCAUUCUUUAAUUUCCAUUCGCCAUUUAGGUUCAUUAGUUAUUUUCAGAACUUCUUACACUGUUAUUGUUAUUUUUUUACAUGUGAAUGAAUGCUUAUGAAAGGUUUGACAAUGCACGAAUUAUGGACUAUGUAAAACAAUAUUUGUUACAACAUUUGCUUACUAUCAUAUUUGAACUAAUUAUUACAAAUUUUUAAUUGAACACAGCCCUCAACACUCUUUAUUUAUUUUUUCUCCAGAAAGAGAAAGAACGAGCACAAGAUUCUUGUUUAUAUUUUUCAAUAUACAAAUAUAGUAAAACUAGAAGUGCAAUCAAAAAUCUGUUUCUUUCAGUUUUUUUAUAUUCGGGACUCGAGAGCAAAGCGGGGUGCUCCUAGUCGGAGCCUCCGCCCGCACAAAGACGUCGGCGAUAGCGCCAAGACACGGCGUGAUGUCGUCGUCACCGCCGGGGCCCGCGUGUGACGAGCGCGCACGCACCCCGCGCGCUGUCGCAUCUCCCGCAUCCGCGCCGCGCUCUCCAGCGCCCGCGCACGCCGUGCUCGCUACCAUGACUCCAGUGCAACCCGCACACGACUAUUACCCUCAUAAGGUUGAAAUGGAUUCCGAUGAUGGCUAUCCGCCAGAGGCACACUCCUAUCGGCAUUCUCCCCAUGAGCUUGCCGCAUAUGCUCCAGAUAACAAAGUGCCAGUUCAACCCGACGUCUAUGAUCAGGGUAUGGAGUCCAUAGACGAGAAAACCCCCAUUGAUCUCAUAUAUGAAGAUGAUAAACAGACUGUAAUUUAUACGACGACGCCAGAUCAGAAGAGAGUUGAGAUGAUAAGUGGCCAGUUGGAUGACGGGCAGCUUGUCAGUGGUGGAGGUCAGCUAGUGGAUGGCGGAGUGUCAGUGGUGGUUGGUCCUCCGGGUCAGGGUGGACAGACGGUGCUGGUCAUCGCAGAUCACGUGGUCGAUGAACUAGGACAAGUUAUUGCUAUACCCAGGUAAAAUAUUCAGAUUAUUUUAUUAUUAUGGUUGCGAUCAGAAAU